UCGUUCGUGAACUAAAGUCGUGAAGAAGAACUAGCGACUCUGUCUCCGGGCAAUGGCCAAAGAAAAUCACCGCGUGGUAAAUCGGCGAAGCCGCUAAAGAGAGUUGAUCAGGCGGAGCGACAAGGUGUAGUUUCUUGAAUCUUAGUUCUCGUUCUUGUGUUUUAUUGGAAGUUCAGUCCAUGGGAGUUGAAUUCAGACGGCGAGACUACGGAGCCGAAGAGCGUGCCUGCUCGCUUCCCAGAAGGCGUGCCGAUACUCAUCCUUUAUCCGCUCAUUCUCCUUCGGCUCUCCGGGUGAAAGAAUCUGGUUGCAGAAAUGAUGAUUUUGUCGAUCCACUUAGGGCUACUGAUGGGAUAAUGGAAGAAUCAUCCAAUAAUAUUCUGCAUGAAGAUAUUUCUUCUGAGGCCACAGCCCCCAGUGACAUCUCUGCUCAACUGAGAGUAAGGAAGGACUGGAGUUCUUUUAAGAGAAUUUUGAUGCAGCGGUUUCCUGUUUCUAAAACAACUCCGGUGUCUUUGGUGUCUGCUGUGCUUGUGAAGGGUACCAAAGGGGAAUUGGAUGAUUCCAAAAAUUUUGAUGAAGAAGAUGUUAAGGUUGUGAGUCAGCAGGAGUGUCUUUCAAAGUUGCAGGAACUUAAAGAUGAAAUUAAUCAGUCUUGGCUUAGGGAUGACCGAGUAACAUCUUUAAGGUUGUCGAUCAAGGUAGCCAGGCUUCUAAUGGAUGCAUCUGUAAUCCAGUUUUAUCCAACACUUUUUGUUCUGGCAACUGACAUAAUGGAUAUGCUUGGUGAUCUCGUAUGGGCCCGCAUCAAGCAAAAAGCCGAGAUCACUGAAGAAGGGGGAUUUAUUUGCUCUUUACCAGAUAACUUCAAAGCAGGUGAUGUAUGCUUUGAUGCCAAAGAAACAUGCAAUAACUGGUUGAGCAAAGUUGGCUCUGUUCGUGAGCUGCUUCCUCGCAUCUAUUUGGAGCUUGCAAUAUUGCCUUGCUGGCGCUUCCUCCACAACCAUCCUGAGAAUAACCUUCAACGCUUGGUUAUGAUGGUGAGGGGCAUUGCUGAUCCACUGGCAUCAGCCUACUGCCGCUUGUACUUGGUCCAAUGUGCUCAACGAUUACCACAAUAUGACACUGGUUUUCUGAUCACCUGCACUAAUGAUCUAAAACUGCUGUUAAUGCGCCUCACACAAGGGAGAGGCACUAUGGAUGGAAAUCUUUCUGGAAAUAGUAAAUUGGUUCUUACACUGAUUGAACCUACUAUUGAGUAUAUCAUGAGAUGCUUAUUAAAGGAUCGGAAACAGAUGGAAAUUAGCAGUAUUCUUGUGGCACUUGGGAUGGGCAGGGACCCGUCAACCUUGUUUAAAAAUUGUUCGUGUAUCUCGAUUUUCCUUCAUUAUAUACUGAAGGAACUUCCAAUUGGGUAUACUUGUUUUAAUGCCAUGGAGAUACUACAUCUCAUAGAAUGCACUGACGAUAGCUCUUUUGAUCAGUGUUUGAAUUUCAAAUUACUCGGACAUAGGCUAUGUGAAAGGGUACCUGAACUGAGCAGUGUUCAUUUACUAGUCGAUAAAAUUUCCCAGGUUCUUUCUUGUUAUGACAAACUUGAUGCGUACUUGAUGGUUGCAGAUGCUUAUUUGGAUAUUAUCUUGGAGAAUCAGUUGGGUACUUGCUUAAAUGUCAUACUGGGUGGAAUAUUUGAUCGUCAAAUGGAAGAAAAGAUUGGUGAAAAUGAAUUGAUGAUCCUGCAGUCAAUUCUUUUAAAGUUGGUUGCUCAUUUUGCCAACAUAGAGGACAUUUUAGCUCUGAACCAUUUUCUAGACAUCUUAGAUAUGUUGCAUGGGAGCUCAAGAAACUCUGUCAAUAUGCAACUUCUUAGUAUGGCAACAAGGCAGGGUCACAUUCAAGAUCCUACAGUCAUUGAGGUCCUACUUGAAGUCGCUCAGGCCUUGUAUGAUGGUUUAGACUUCUCAAAUAUGAGAAAGGAUGAUUAUCAGCAUCCAGCUCGUGUGAUUUCCCGAUUUGUAUAUAUGGUUGAAUAUGGGACGGAAGUCGAACUCCAUUUAAGGUUCCUUGCUCAAUGUCGCGGAGCUUUUGUUUGCAUUAGUGAACUCCAGGUUUCUCGCCCACUGUCUGUUCAGGAGAUGCUUGUUCAUUCCAGCAACAAGUUAGCUGUUAGAGCACUGAGACAUGGAAAUAAUAGUGUCAGCUUUGUCAAAUCAUGUCUCGCCUUUAAUGAAGUUACAGUACCUGCUAUCCCUAGUGUCAUAAGACAGUUCAAAUUAUAUCUUGAAACGGCAGAGGUUGCAAUACUUGGUGGCUUUAUUUCACAUGUGGAUGAGCUUAUAGAUGCAGCAAUAAAUUGUUUGCAAAGUGUAGACUCUGUCGAUGGUGUGCAGACAACCGAAGAUGUUGAAGGGAUUAUUUCGUUAAUAUGCAAGUUAUGUGGCAUUUUGGUGAUGGUUCCAGGUAGCCUUGAUCAAGGAGGGGCCUGCAUUCCCAAGCGUGUCUUGUCUUUCCUAGACUCCCAGCCAUGGGUAUUGCCCAGAAUGAAGAUCAAGGUUUUAUGUAUGGUUGUUUUCUUGUCAGCAGCGUUAUCUCAGAAUCAAUUCCUGUACCAUGCAAUCAGUGGAAAGGUCAUUGGUAAUUACCAAUUAUUUUAUGGUGUUCGGUCCUAUCAUCAAGAACUGUUGUCAUUUUCUGGUGGCAUUCUUCAGGACAUUGUAAAUAUUGUUAUGCAAGAGCCUUCUAUGGCUGUCCGUGGAAAGAUGGCUCUCGAAGCUUGUAAUUGUGUAGCUUCAUCUUUCAAGAUGUCUGAUGAAACGCUAGAAGCAUGCUCCAAACUCGUGGAAAUUGCCAAGUCGUGCUCGCCUGCUGGAGACAAGUUUCUGCAAUCUACUUUGAAGUUUUUAGAUGCCCACCAAAUCCUCCUGUAAGAUGGUUGAUCAGCUGGACUCUUGAGUGUUGUGCAAUUCUUUUACGGCUACUCUUUUUCUGUGGGAAACCCAAGAAACUGAUAGUCAUUAGUACUUACGGGCUACACACAGAGUAACAAAUUGUUGAUGAAUUUCAAAUCAUUUUGAUGCGGAAUUCUUUGAAAUUUUUUUCUUAAAUUCUUUCAUUAAAUUC